AUGGCGGCAUUGGCGGCACUACUGCGGAGAGCGAAAGACUAUGUGCAGACCAAAGAGUUCCGAGAAUACCUGAUCAGCACCCGCUUCUGGGGUCCCGCGGCCAACUGGGGCCUUCGGUUGGCCGCCUUCAAGAACAUGAGAGCAUCUCCAGAGAUAAUCAGUGGCCGCAUGACGACUGCGCUCAUUUUCUACUCACUGGCCUUCAUGUGCUUCGCUUACCGUGUGCAGCCUCGAAACUUGCUGCUGAUGGCGUGCCACGGCACCAACGUGGUGGCGCAGAGUUUUCAAGGGACCCGUUACCUACUCUACCACUACGGAGGCAUCCAGAUAAUCACCCCUGCUGAAUCUCGCAACCCUUCAGUGACCAGCUCCCGCCAGGCAGCGGCCUGCCGUGCUUCUCAGUCCCCAAAAUGA